AUGGAGCCGAAAUAUGUGAAAGCUGAUAGCGGCAACCUACCAGACUUAGACGCAUUAGUUAUUUUAUGUGCCUAUAUUAUAGUCUUCAUAAUUUUUACUUUGUUUCACAGGUCUGCAAGGGAGUCCUACGGAGAUGAUGCCAUCGGCUAUGUACAACUUCAUCGGGAGCAUGGUGUUUGUACUAUUAAAUGUAAAGUGUGUCCAGAAACUAAAGUGAGGUCCAAAGCUUACAAUGUGACAAUGGUUAUAAACGAAAAUGAGUGCAAAGUUAUAAGCUGUCAAUGCCACGAUUGUACUGCUUCAGCAGGUGGAUGCAAGCACGCAGUUGCUUUUUUAAUGUGGAUUCAUCGUCGCUCCGAAGAACCUGCAUGCACUUCCAUCGAGUGUUAUUGGACGAAACCUGCUUUAUCUAGAGUCGGGACUACCCUAAAGUACAUUACUGUGCAGCAGAUGGCUAAAAAAGUGGUACCUCAUAGACAAAGUUCUUCGGAACUUUAUACUGAAUUUAUAGUGGAAGCUAAAAAGCGAAAAAUUGAAAAUUGUGAACUGCUGAAAUAUCAGGAUGAUUUUACCCAUACUGGCGUGAUGCAAUAUUCAUUGCACUGCCUUUUUAUGGAUCUACCUCCACAAAUUGAACAGGAUGUUGACCAAGUUAUUGAAAAAUUUAAGUAUACAUUCACUGAAGCUGCAAUUAAUACCAUUGAGGAAGCAACAAGGAGUCAGAACAAGAACAGCAUGUGGUACGAAAUGAGGUAUGGUCGUAUCACAGCCUCCAAGGCCCAUGAGGUUAGUGUGUGCCAAACACCAGAUGGCUCUUUAGUAGCUGCUAUAAUGGGUGCAAAAAUCCCAGAUACACCUGCUAUGAAAAGGGGGAGGAAAUUGGAACACUCCGUCCAAAAGACAGUAAGCAAUAAAUUGAAAAGAAAAAUUACUUCUUGCGGGUUCUAUGUGUGCCAAGAAUACCCAAUUAUUGGAGCAUCUCCUGAUGGUGUAAUGAAAGAUGCCAUAAUUGAAAUCAAAUGCCCAACAAAGGCAAAGUUGAAGGAGAAAUAUUUAAAAAAUGGUUUGAUAACAGAAAAAUGCAAGGCACAGGUGCACAUGCAAAUGUAUGCAACUGGUAUUAAGAAAUGUUAUUUCUGUGUCGCAGACAGCAAUUUUGAAACAACGAAAAAUGUUGAAAUCAUUGAAGUCACAUAUGAUAGUGGCUAUGUUCAUAACUUAAUACAGAAACUAGUUAUUUUCUGGAAAACGAAUAUAUAUCCUGUUUUGUAUCGAAGCACCAAUAUAUUAAUAUGA